UUCAUCCAAUCACGUCGGUCGCUCUUCUCCGCUGCUUCUCCACACUCAGAAACAUGGCGUUGCGGGAGUUAGCGUCUCUGGAAAAAUACUUGGGCCUUAAAAAGCCGAACAAGUAUAGCACACAGGGAGAUAAAAAGGUGCCUGUGUUACAGAAUAAUAACGCCCCCCCACUGGUGGGACUGGUGACCAUUGCCUGUCACCUGGUAAAAGAGGCCAAGCGCCCAGAGCUGCUGGGUGACGGUGCAGAAGGCAGGGCGGUGGUGCAGCAGUGGCUGGAGUACAGGGUGACCAAACUUGACAGCCACAUAGAGGACACCAAGAGCAUCCUGAAGGACCUCAACCUCUACAUGCAAGACAAAGUCUACCUGGCAGGGAACCAGUUAACUUUAGCUGAUGUUCUUAUGUACUAUGGAAUACACUCAAUCAUAGAUGAAAGAAAAGCGAGUUCAGAAACGGGAGCGGCAGAACGCGACUCGGGGAGGGAGGGAUCACAUGUUGAGAGAUGUCAGCGGUUGUGGCGGAGAUGGAAGCUUGGCCCCCGCCACCAGGCAGAUGAGCGUCACUUUGAUUCGCUCUGGACUUGGCUGUCCAGGAGAAGGAGCAGUACGUGAACGUGGCGCGGUGGUUCGACCACAUCCAGCACCACCCAGGGGUCCGACACCACCUCCCCCCAGUAGUUGUGCUCAGGAACAGACUAUACACCAGCAGACACCACUGAGCACUGACAUCAUCAUCAUCCUCCUCCUCCCCCAGCCUUACUCGGUACUAAUCUUCUGAUCAGAUCUGGACAACUGAUCUCCUAAAGUACAACAUGGAUCAAAUUAAGGAUCUUGCCACAUCGCCAUAUCAAUGUUCUCUUAUUCAAGUUCUGUGUCAACAAUAUGUCCCCGCUGAUUUUUUUUUUUUUGUGUUGAGGAUAAGAAAAAUAGUUGAGUUCUAAAGCAAUGUCUGUUUUUAAUAAGUAAUCAAUGUCUCAGUCUUGCAAGCACUAUUUAUAAAGAUUCAGGCAUCUUAACCCUCCUAAUUUUUCCACAGAGCAGUGAAAUGACUUAAUCACAGAGUUCAGGUAUUUUUAUGGCAUUGUUUGUUUUUAAAGGGAAAACUGUAUGCAAUGCAGUGCUGCUAGCUUUUCUGUUGGUGAAUGUUGUUUUUGUUUAAUCUGAGCCUGGAGUCUUCUGCCGCCGUUAUCGGAGGUGAACGGACUUGACUGGCAGCGCAUUACGUCCCCAAGCUCUUGCUUGAUGUGGUUGCUGGAUUAAUGUUGUAACCCUAUAAACACCACAACCCAUACUCUUAACUUUUCAAAUUUUACCUCAUUAAAUCUCUCAGCACAUUUCUUCUCCCCCAGCCCCUCGUCGUAGUUUCUUUGCAUGUGUCGUGUUUUUUCCAAUCCCCGCUCUCCAUUCCACUUCCUCGCCACCAGUUGUGUGGGCAGCAGCGAGCAGUUAAACGUCAGCCCUAGAGUCGGCGAUCAGAGAGAGGCCCCAAUCAGUCCCACUACCACCACUGUUGAUGCUGCGGGCCACGGAGAGGGCAGCGGGCUCACCAGCUGCCACACAGAUCCAGCCAGCCAAGGCCAGAACCCGAGGGCCCCUGGGCGACAGUCAGCCACUGUGUGUCAUUUCACCCUCACGCUCCCACAGGGGGCUACUGGAGAGAGAAGGACGAAGAGAGGCAGCGAGCGAGUGAGCAAGCGGAGUGUGUGACGAAAGGACGGAGGCCACACAGCAAAAGAGCACCCAGAGGCCGAGGGAUCUUUUUCGUGACAAGUGAACAAUGAUCUGCGCCUCCUAAAGCCCGACUGCUGCUGGCUGGAUGCUUGCUAUUAGCACCAUUAACAGGCCCGAUCCCGCCAGUGCUAGGAGAGCUGGUGUGUUUACAUCAUGGAGGUAAUGAGAAAUGGAAAUGCAGAGAAGAUGAGAGGUACAUUUUUUAUAAUAACUUAUAAAUACCUUCUACUGAUUAGUCUGUGUGACCUUUUAAAUAUUAAAAUCUGUUGGAGUGGGUUUUUUUUAGCUUUCCUGGUCGCUGUUUAAACAGUUUUUGUUUCUUUCCUGCUUACAUGCUCUGCAUAUUAAAAUUAUUGCUCAAAGCGAGUCUUUUUUUUUUUUUCUUUUUGUCUGAUGUCAGCAUAUUUUUCAUCCUGUGCCAAUAAAUCAGAUACAUGCAGAGCCCCUGACCUCUGACUCCUA